CAAAAACCCGUUUCCAACGAUUCGCGCCGUUACAUUGACCAUUGUUGAUUACUUCACAUUAUUUCGCUUCAUUGGUCGUGUGUGUGCGGCCUGUGUUGCCUCCAGUCGGCUGCAUCUGUCCCUCAUCUGCUCUUCAGCACUCUUCGCUCACUCCAUUCGUGCGUGAAUUCGCCUUGGCGAAGGAAGAAAGAACCGCGUGGCAAUCGCCAGCUCUAACCGCCACCAUCAUUCCGAAAGCAUGGCGAGUGAAAAACGCACGCAAUCCGAACAACUCAAACAACUACUGCACGAAUUUCCGCACGAAAUCAUCAGUCCUGUAAGCUGCAGUGAGACUGAUGCCGCCAAAGUACAAGCACUAUCAAAAUAUGUGUAUCCGGUAUUGAAAACUGGAAUUGAGCACACACUUCGGCAAAUCUUGGAAAAAGAUGCUCAUUUUGUCGCGUUUGGAGAAGCACUUGACGAAUUAGAAUCUUUGAAACAGACUGGCCAAAAGAGGACAAAUACUCAAGAUGUGGAACCAGGAAAGAUUGAUUUUGAUGAUUACAAAAUUAUAGCUCUGCAUAAACAAAUUCGUAAAAUGCAGAAGAAAAUUCAAGCCAACAACACAAAAAUCAACAAUCUGAUGAAUCAGGUUGAAAGGAAGCGAGAACGCGUUAACAACGUCCACACAAAUUUAAUGCAAUUGUAAACAAUUAUGAUUGUAGGAGUGAUUCAUGCUGAGCAUCUUCAUCUUUAACCUGCAGGAGGGCUUCCAGUUUGAGUAAUUCCAGCUCAAGUUUACAAUUUUUCUGAUGUAACGCCUAUGAAAUGUGAUAUAUUAAUUAGUUUAUAUUUUUUAAUAUUAUGAUCUUACAUUGA